UGCAUUUUGUAAACAAACCGGAAAAGUAGGAAAAUCCAGGAAAAGCGGUGCCCGUGCGUGGAUUUACUUAAAUGUUGGCACUUUUCCGACGUGCUGUAGUAUCCAUAGAAUCUCCUCUCAUUUCAUUGGUGCGCCGGAAGGCUCCUAAACUGUACUCUACCGCGAAACCGGCGUUGGAUGAUAGCGUAAGCAAAAAGUUUGUUGCUGCGCUAGCUGCAGCCGUGGAGGCAAAGUUGGCCGAUAAAAAGGAGGAAUCCGCCCGCCGGAUGGAAGCGCACAAGGUAAAACGGGGCGUCGAGCAACGCUACAAUGGGGCAGUUAAGCGGAGAAAGUGGGAAGAUCCACCGGAUGAUCCGGAAGCGGUGAAAAACUUCGAUCCAGCUUCACGUGUGAAGCGUCGCAAGAGUGUGAUCCUGCUCGGGUACUCCGGUGUGGACUAUUUCGGUAUGCAGCGAAACCCGGGUACACGGACGAUCGAGGAGGAUCUUUUGCGGGCGAUGCUGAAACAGGAGUGGAUCAACGACGAGGGCUUCCGUCAACCGCAACAGAUCCAGUUCCAACGAGCUGCCCGAACGGAUAAGGGUGUAUCGGCGGCCGUGCAGGUCGUUUCGAUAAAACUACCCGAUAAUCUGGACGUUGCGGCACUGAAUGCCGAAUUGCCACCACAGAUUCGAGUGUACGCGGUCAAACGCGUAACGAAGGGGUUCAAUUCCAAGACGAACUGUGAUGCUCGAACCUACACCUACACACUGCCGACUAUAGCAUUCGCUACAAACGAUGAGAAGGAUCUCGAUAUACUUACGUAUCGUGCACCGGCCGAACGGUUACAGCGUGUGAACGAGGUUCUAGCGAUGUACCUCGGUACGAAGAACUUUCAUAAUUUCACCAGCCGCAAGGAGUUCAUCGAUCCAUCGGUUAAGCGCUACAUCAUGCAGUUCGAAUGUGGCACGCCUUUCGUUCCCGACGGUACCACAGCUGAGUUCGCGACCAUUCGCAUCAAGGGGCAAAGCUUUAUGCUUCAUCAAAUCCGUAAGAUGGUCGGUCUAACACUGGCCGUCGUCCGAGGGCUUAGCGAGGCCGACAUUAUCGAGAAGGCGUUCGGCCAGGAACGCUAUGGUAUUCCGACGGCCCCGGGCCUAGGGCUGGUGCUGAGUCGUAUUCACUACGAUAAGUACAACAAACGGUACGGCGAGGACGGGUGUCAUGAAAUGUUGGACUUUGAGAAGGAAGAGUCACAGAUAGAGGAGUUCUUCAAGCAGCACAUUGCUUCCACGAUCGUCGAAACGGAACUCAAGACCGGUUCUAUGUUGGAGUGGCUGGAGAAGCUGCCCCUUCACAGCUAUGAGCCGCGAGACGAGAACGAACCAAGCGAGUGGAAAAAGCGUAAACCGAGUGAAGACGAUGAUGAUGGAGAUGAAUAACACCAAUGGCCUCGCCGUUUAGGUGAAUGGUGCGAUAAAGUUUUUCGACAAUAGACGCAGUACUAUUACAAGAGUGAGGUUUCUUUUUAUUCAUCUA